AGGGAGCGGAGGAGCGGAGCAGUGAAGAGGACUUUUGGAAAUCCCACCAGGAAGCAGAAAGGAGCAGGCCACAGAGGAGGGGGCCCAGACACUCCCACAGCCCAGCUGCGUAGAUGGAGCGGCUCCACUGGGUGCGGCACCGUUGUCGGACGCUGCUAGCUAGAGACUCAGGGGGAGGCUGGUACUCUUCCCCCGAUGGCCUGCCCAACAAAAGCUUCCUCGACACCUAUUUCUCUCCACAUAGAGUCAGUGGGAAGCGAAGAAGUGUGUUUGCGCGCCAUGGGCCCCACCAACAUGAGUGUGAAACCAUCUCCAAAAACUACAAGGGCAAUGCCAUCCGCACUACCAAGUACAGACUUUUGACCUUCAUCCCCAUGAACCUUUUCCAGCAGUUCCACAGGGCUGCCAACCUCUACUUCCUUUUUUUGGCGUUGUUGAACUGGGUGCCUGUGGUUGAGGCCUUUCAGAAGGAAAUUACCAUGAUUCCUUUGCUGGUGGUUCUCACGGUCAUCGCCAUCAAAGAUGCACUGGAGGACUACAGGCGCUAUUUGUUCGACAAGAAGGUCAACAACAAUGUUGCACGGAUAUUCUGUGGCAACCAGAAAACCUACAUCGACGAGUGCUGGAAGGAUGUGCGAGUGGGAGACUUUGUGCGUCUGUCCUGUAAUGAAAUCAUCCCUGCGGACAUGCUGCUGCUGUAUUCCUCUGACCCCCGUGGGGUUUGCUACAUUGAAACCGCCAACCUGGACGGAGAGACCAACCUGAAACAGAGACAGGUGGUCUCAGACCUCCCACUGCAGGGAGUCGAGUUCACCCCCGAGAGCUUCCACAGCCGGAUCGAGUGUGAGAACCCCAACAAUGACCUCAGCAGGUUCAGGGGCUACAUGGAGCAUUCCAGUGGGGUUCGUGUGGGCCUCCAUAACAGCAACCUCCUGUUGAGGAGCUGCACCAUCCGCAACACUGAGACGGUGGUGGGCAUUGUGGUCUAUGCCGGUCAUGAGACCAAAGCCAUGAUGAACAACAGCGGGCCGAGGUACAAGCGCAGCCAGCUGGAGAAGCGUCUGAACACGGACAUCCUGUGGUGUGUGGUCCUGCUCAUCGUCAUGUGUCUGACUUCUGCUGUAGGUCACGGCCUCUGGCUGAAGAACCUAAAAGACCCCGUUUUUGGGGUUAAUAUGGACACGGCCCCUGCCUUGGCUGGAUUCUAUGUCUUCUGGACUAUGAUCAUUGUGCUCCAGGUGCUGAUUCCCAUUUCUCUGUACGUGUCCAUCGAGAUUGUGAAACUGGGCCAGAUCUACUUCAUCCACAACGACUUAGACUUGUACAACGAGCAGCUGGACUCCAGGAUCCAGUGCCGGGCCCUCAACAUCACUGAGGACCUGGGUCAGAUCCAGUACCUGUUCUCUGAUAAGACAGGAACUCUGACAGAAAACAAGAUGGUGUUCCGCCGCUGCAGUAUCUAUGGGGUCGAAUAUCCUCAUGAGGAAAAUGCUCGGAGACUGGAGGUGUACGAGGCGGAGAAGGACAAGGCAGCGGGUCGCUCUGUGACUCUGAGGUCGGGCUGCAGUGGUAAAUCUCUCAGCUGUCGCUCCCUCAGCUGCAACCGCAGCUCUGUGUCUCUGCAUACGCUCACUGCUGAGUCGGAGGAGGAGGAAGAACAGCUGGCCAAUCAGAUCCAGGCCAGAACCAGUGCCUUCUGCAGCCGCAUGGCGAAGGAGGUGGUGCCAGACCCUGAGCUGGUGAGGAAGUUGAACUGGUUCUGCUCUCCCCUGAACGAGGCCUCCCCCGGGACUCCCUCCAGCCUGGAGCUCGCCUACAUCACUGACUUCUUCCUGGCGCUGACCAUCUGCAACAGUGUGGUGGUCUCCUCCCCCAGUCAGCCUCGACAUGUGGUGCCUGAUGCACGAACACCUCUAAAGUCUCUGGAGGAAAUCAAGCUGUUGUUCCAGCGCUUCAGCUUCUCUCCAUUCGCUGCACUGUCCACGUUCUCCCCUCCCCAGAUCAGAGGUAGCCCUCGCAACUUCACCAGAAGGCUGUUCACCCGGGGGAAGACUGGCUCCUUCUCCCCAACAGCCAACAACGCUACAGACAGCUCAGAACCAGGGAAAGACGGAAACAUGGAAAGCCCCGAACUGAGGUGUGGACUGGACCUAUCUGCACCAGGGGUGGGAGGAAAUGCUGCACAGAUGGAGGAUGAGAUCAAGGAGGAUGAUAUCAAGGAUGCAAAAACAAACCGGCCCAGACAGGAAGUGGACUCUGAUAGUGACGUUGAUGACGAGCUCCUGUAUGAGGCGGAGAGUCCAGACGAGGCGGCUCUGGUCCACGCAGCGCGGGCGUACCGCUGCACCCUCAGGGGACGCUCUGCAGAAAGCCUGCUGGUGGAUCUGCCAGGAAUCGGCUCACUGGCUGUGCAGCUGCUUCACAUUCUGCCCUUCGACUCCAACAGGAAGAGGAUGUCCGUGGUGGUCCGCCACCCACUCACGGGACAAGUGGUAGUUUACACCAAGGGAGCCGACUCUGUUAUCAUGGACCUGGCUGAGACUCCUAAAGGAGCAGAGCAAGCUCAGGAGAUCUACAGUCACAUCAGAGAUCAAACCCAGAAACAUUUAGACGGCUACGCCAGAGAAGGCCUCCGCACACUCUGCAUCGCUAAAAAGGUUCUGGAGGAAGAGGAGUAUGAGGUGUGGCUGAAGAGGCAGCUGGUGGCAGAAAGCAGCAUAGAGAACAGAGAGGAGCUGCUGCUGGAGUCAGCUCAGAGACUGGAGACCAACCUCACCCUGCUGGCCAACCUCCCAAUACAUGGUCACAAGAGGAUAACUGACACGGAUGCGUGUGCAGCUUUUCUCAAGGAGCUCAAACUAGAAGUGCAGUGUGGCCAGGAGGGUUUGACCGAAGUGACUGCAGCAGGGGCUCACGGGGAAUCCUCCUCUGGCAGCAUAUCCAGCUUCAUCCUGGUUAUAGACGGCCAGACGCUGGACUGGGCGCUUCAGGAGGAGCUGAAGAGUGACUUCUUAGAGCUGAGCCGCAGGUGCAAGGCGGUCAUCUGCUGCAGGUCCACUCCGCUGCAGAAGAGCCAGGUGGUUCGGCUGAUCCGCGAUGAGCUCGGCGUCAUGACUCUGGCAGUGGGUGACGGAGCCAAUGACGUAAGCAUGAUUCAGAUGGCUGAUGUGGGCAUUGGGAUAUCAGGUCAAGAGGGAAUGCAGGCUGUGAUGUCCAGUGACUUCGCCAUCUCCAGGUUCAAACACCUCAGCAAGCUGCUGCUGGUUCACGGUCACUGGUGUUACUCGCGUCUUGCAAACAUGAUCCUCUACUUCUUCUACAAGAAUGUGAUGUAUGUCAAUCUGCUGUUCUGGUAUCAGUUCUUCUGUGGGUUCUCUGGGAGCGUCAUGACCAACUCCUGGGUACUGAUCCUGUUCAACCUGAUCUUCACCUCCGUCCCUCCCCUCAUCUAUGGUAUCCUGGACCAAGACAUGCCUGCAGAAACUCUGAAGGGGGUUCCUGAGCUCUACCAGGCUGCACAGACCUCCAAGAUUUAUGUUCCCUACAUGUUCUGGGUCACAGUCCUGGAUGCAUUUUACCAAAGCCUUGUAUGCUUCUUUAUACCUUACUUUGCACUGACGGGAUCAGACGUGGGGAUGCUGUCAUUUGGCUCCCCGAUCAACGCCUCUGCUCUCCUCAUCAUCCUGCUGCACCAAGUCCUCGAGAGCCACACUCUGACCUGGAUUCAUGGUGUGGUGCUGGUGCUCAGUGGUGGCUCCUACUUUGGCUUCGUGCUGCUCUUCAGUAUGGGCUGUGUGACCUGCAGCCCCCCCACUAACCCGCUGGGGGUGGAAACACUCCAGAUGUCCCAGCCUCUCUUCUACAUCAUAUGUGCAGUCACUACUAUGACAGCUCUGUUACCCAGGAUGUUGUUUCGAGCUGUGUACAGCACCAUAAACCACACCGCUGCCCUGAAAUCCUCUCACGUGGACCAGGUGGAGUCAGAGCAGUACCGCAAGAGAAUGCAGCAAUGGAACCUGAGCCACUCCAGAGUCAACCGGCUGCAGGUGUGCGCUGACAACCCCGGCCUGGAGCCCAGCAUAGCCUCGGAGGUGUCCUGACCUCUCUCCACACACACACACACACACACACACAUAUACACACACACACACACACA